AUGGUCCAUCAGACUCGCACCGCUAGCAAGGCCGUUCCCGCCAAGCACCUGAGUCCCAUGCGCAACGCGCAGGACAUGCAGCUCGGCAAAUACGGCAUCUCCAGCAGCCCGGCGGACAGCUUCCUGCGCAGCAACAGGCUGAGCGUUGGCUCUGGCCACCAAGGCAACAACAGCAACAGCAGCAGCAGCUCCCAAACUGCAGCUGCCUAUAAAUACAACAAUAUGGUCAACAAUAAUCGGGAGCAGUUCAAUGCCCUGCACUUCUGCUAAGCCGCAUUAUGAUUAAGUUGAGAUGACGUCUGAAAUAAAUAUAUAAUAUAUAAUAUUUCAAUAUUAA